AUGACAUUUUCCCUGCAUAUUUUGGAAAAUUUUACGAGGUUGAAGACGAGCAAAAAUUUGCCAACAAUGUUUAAAGAAAUAGUGACAAAAGCCUUUUAAGCUUUUAUUUGCAUACAAAAAGGUGUAUUAUAGUUGUAUACAAAAAUUUUAUCAGCUGCUGCAUGCAUGCUGGAGUUGGCUUAUCAAGAGGUGCGACGAUUGCCUCUAGUAUUGAAUGAUAGGUACACAAAAAACUUUCCAGCUGGUGUCAUUCGAGAAAAUUAAAAUAAAAUAUCUAUUUGUAUGGUAUCGAAAAAUAAACAAGUGUAAUCCGAUUACAAUUUGUACUGUCGCAUAAAUCGUAAUUAUGUUAUACUUAUGAAAAAUGAAGCAAGUUUUACUUUCGCUUUGAAGUUGGUGUUCGCUAAACCUCUUUCGUGCUGUAUAGGAUUAACAAAAUGCCAAAAUAAUAAUAUUUCUGAAUUACGUAUAUAGCAUCUUUGCACCCUUUAAUGGAGCCACUGUAAAAUUAAGUAAAUAUACUUAGGGUGAUACUACAUCGAGCUUACUUGCGGGUAAAAGCACAGCCUGGCUCAGUUGAUUGCACUGUAACUAAUCAUCUGCACCCCUUCCCUAACGUGGCCAAAACUCGAUAAGAUAAAAAAAUAUAUAUAUAAAAACCAAAGAAAGCACUUGAAAUGGCAGGCGUGCCUCCUAUAGCACCGCUUCUGUGCAGCACUCCGCCACCAAUUGAUUUUGGUGAAGAGGACGACGAUUCCGGUUUGCCGCCCACUUUAACACUUGAAGACGAUGAUGAAUACGGUGAUUUCGCGUUCGCCGCAGACAUAAAUGAGAAUGCAACAAAUACUGAUAUCCCCUCAUUGCCACGCACGCCGCUGCAGUUCGAACUAAGCUCAUCCACGACGAGUGGCUUUACCGAUGUACCACCAAGUUUAGAAGAGUGUGGUAAUGCACCGAUAACUCCACCUCCGCUGCAAACUGAACAUGACGUUUGUUCAGCCCGCGAGGAAGUUAAGCUAGAACUAAUCGAGGCAAUUAACUACAAUGUUGUAAGCAGAGAAACCAAUCAAGAGCGUAUUAGUGACGGUAUAACUAAUGUGGAUGAGACUAGCAAUACAAAUGAUUCAGUAACAAGCCACCCGCAACCAGAGAAAGACAAUAAUUGGGUUAUUCACAACUUGAGUGACACCAAAAUCACAAAUGAAACUUGCGCGGAAUCGGAAAGUCUGCCCAAGUUUGCACACACUACAGAUGCUAUUACAACUAAAGAAAAAAGUGGAACUGAAAAUGUAUCGAUAUUGUCUAAUGGGCAGGACAUUAAAGCACAACCAAAUGCUAUAACGAUAUUUUCCGAAAUUCCUCCUCCUUUGACUCAACUUGUGCUGUUAGAAGAUAUAGCAGACGACAGUAGCGAUGAGGAGUGCCAUGGAUCUCCAAAAAAAUCCACCAUAUCAACAACGUCGCCCUUUACAAGCAGUGCUGACAUAAAUUCGGCGGAUUUCUUUGCAAUCCAUGUCGUUGGCGCGCCGUCUUCACCAAAAGAAGACAAACCACUAACAAAAGUGGAGGAUAUAAAUAUGAAUAGCUUGUCAAACCACGAUAAUAACAUCUCCCAUGAAUUUGAAAAUAUUACUAAGACUACGCCCUAUGGCGGCGAGGAACUUAAUGACGAUUUCGGUGAUUUCGCAGAUUUCGAAUCGGCAACUGAGAUUACAAACCCAACAGCCUGCCCAAUGAAGACAGCCGAUUCGAAUGUGAUAACCAAGAGUGACUGCAAUGAUGUCAAACCCGUAGGCGAGCUCCCUGUAGAAAGUACUACCCAAAAUAAUGAUGAUGAGAACGAGUUUGAUGAUUUCCAAGACUUUUGUUCGGCACCAACAUCAGUUUCUAAUACUAAACCAAUUAUAUCAUCGCAAAAUUCAGAAGGUGUAGCAGCAACAUGUAAUGACGGGAUUAAAAAGGGUAUAGCACUAAAUGAAAAUAGUCUUGCAACGUUGAAUAUUGAUUCGGAAUCUCAAGCAAAAGAAGUUGAGAAUAGCGACGAUGACGACUUCGGCGAUUUCGAAGAAGCUUCACUUGCCAUACCCACUUCUGAAUUCACUGCAAAUACUGCUAUUAUGAAUACACAUACGCCACCUGCGACUAGUGGAAAUAUAAGUGGCCGUAUAGGUUCGGUGUUAAAACUGAUGUUUCCACCUGCAGAUGAAAGUGUUGACAGCGACAAAGAAAGGACAGCGCCAGACGCUCUUUCCAGUUUGCAAUUAGCAAACGGCACACUUCCUUUUGAGUCGAUAGAAGCUGCCAAAGCCUUGGAAUUUCAGUGGCCGCAGUCGGAAAUACGGCAUGCGCUUGUACGCUCAAUAGGCAUUGAUUCGAGAAACAUUCUCUUUGGCGAGAAUUGGAAUCCAUCAAUGCCCCGUUUUGCUGCCAAUCUCAGUUUUAAUCCGCUAAAGCCAUUGAAACCACAAACAGUCAACCCGUCAACAACAACAGCAGGCAUCGACUCGGAACAUUACAGCAAUGGCAGUGACGUUAGCAACUAUUCUAUGAAAACGGAUGUACCUGAUGUUGAGUUUGAUUGGCAAAGCGCCGGUCUAGUGAACCCACUUGACGGGGUCAAGGGGGAGACAAACACACGAGAGACUGAAACGGUUCACUCGUCGCCGCCUGUUGCACGGCUUGAUACACCCGAUGACCAGCAUCAAUCGCAUACAACCUUUACAAACGUCGACGAUAACAUUUCAGAAGCCCUAAGCAACAACGAUACCAAACUAACGCUCACGCCAACGAAAGACAUUUGUCCGGCGCCUUUAACAUUGGACCAGCCAACGUAUCAGUUAACAGCACAGGAUCAAAGCAUCACCAUUAGCACCAACUGCAUUAGUGGCAGUAAUACAAGUAACAGCAGAUCGUAUGAAAGUAGAAAAACAUUGUCAACAUUACGUUUAGGAGGUGCUAACAUCGUCGAUAAUGUUGAAGAUGACGAAACGGUAGUCACCUCUACUUAUGCUGGACCAUUGAAGGAGACACACAUAUAUACACCUUCGAAGACAGAAAUGGCGACAACAGUGAAAACUUGCAAAUCGCCUACUAACGGCAACGAGCCAAUUGAUUUCGAUUAUGAGAUUGCUGCGGCGGGCAUAAUAAUCGAUGAAAAGGUGGUGAAAAAGGAAUAUCGGGAUGUCGAAUACAAUCCCGGCUUCAGCUUAGAAAUGGUGAAUGAAUAUGCUGGCGAAUUGCCUACAGGAGUGCCCACGCCUUUGGAGUCUGAAUUAAGUAUACCGGUUUUGGCAUUGACGCAGCCAGAACCUCAGCAUCAGCAACAACCAAAUCCAUCGGUUGAAUUGGACACCGAUGAAUUCGCCGAUUUUACCGAGUUUCAAUCAGUGCCACCACCAACUCAGGCAACCGUAACAGUUGCAACUGCGUCUUAUGGCGGCGUCACAUCAAAUCCCUCUAGUACAAUAGCGUCCGCAUUCCAAAAGGAAUCAAAUGGUAAAGCAACAAACAUAAACGCACCCCCUGCAUUUGCAGCAGCUAUUUCAAAGGCAAAAGAAGCUGGUAAGAUACCUAGUCGCACGAGCUCACCAUCUAUUAUUGACAAUAUGAUACUCAGUCCGGCCAUACUGUUGCCACAAGCUAUUCCAAUGAACGCAAAUAACACAGUGGCGGGUAAAGCUACGCCAAGUAUUGAGUGGGGUGAUACAACGGCCAAUAUCAAUCCGGAUGAAUUAGCGCGCAUUGAAGAACUUUUCCCGCAGCCCAAAAUCACGGCUGCCAAAGAUGCAAACACAUCACAAAAAUCAUCACCAACGCACAGCUAUGCGGAUAAUCACGCAAAAAACGCUUCUAUUUCCAUAAGCGCUGCAGUGGCGAUGAAGGAGCAGGACUCCACUCUCAGCGAUGACUACUGGUCGGAGUUUGUAUCAGUGCCAGUGACCCCGCAGUUGCCAAACAAUGCCGGUCGGCUCAACAACAACAAUAAUAACAACUAUAAACUUACACCAAACCGCGCUGUAGAUGGUCACGUCAUUAACAGUGUCACCAACAGCAAUAAUGCAGUGCGGUCACCACGUCAUCAUCAACAACACGUAAACGUCCAACGCACGCUAACACCAACGGCACAGCGAAAACCAAUUCUCCACACAGCCAGGGGCAGCGUCGCUAUCAAUAGCAACGUAUGCAACAGCAAUAGUUAUAUUAACAGUAAUAGCAACACCAACACUAAUAGUAACGAUGACGAUUGGUCUGACUUCGUCUCCAGCACUCCGGCACUUGCAGCGGCACCAACGCACUCUACGCAUUACAUGCCAACAGCACAUGCGCCUCAAUUCAAUAGCGCCGCCUGGCAAAAUGCAAACUUUUACAAUAAUCCACUCGGUUUAUACCAUCAGCAGCUUAGCAACAUGCAAACGCGUGCUGCACCCUUGACUCCUCAACAGCAACAGUUGCAACUACAACAGCAAAUACACAUAAUGCAGGACUUCUCCACUGCACCCGUAACAGCCCGUCCAAAUGUCACUUUCAAUAACAGCAACAAUGCGCAUAUCAACAGCAUGCAACAUUCCAAUUCAUACUCGCCAAUGCAAGUGGGGAAUGCCCGAGUGGCGCCGAGCAUAUCGCUGAUUCCCGAUUUGGGUUUUGUGGCGCCUGCGAUGCCAGUGCAUACCGCCUUCAUUAAUGUCCUACCGAAGACAAGCUUCAACAGCAAAAAAUGACGUUUGUUAAAUUGCGAGCAGACGCAUUAUCGUGGUCAUACAACACUGGCAAACUCCUAUCGAAAUCAUUUACCAAAUGCUAGUCCCGUCACAGCUGGCAUCACCUCUUCUAUUCACGAUAUCUUAACAUAGAAGCAGCUACACUACAUUAUGGUGAAAAUAUAUACAUAGCUGGGUGUAAGUGGGUAAAGUGGGAAAUGCAAAACAGUUAAAUAAAAUAUGUAUUAUUAAUGGAUGUCCCUAAAUAAUUGGCUGAAGAAAAGAGGAUCGUUUCUAUUCAUCUUUACAAGAACUUCUAAGCUGAUGAAGCCCAGUAAUAAGAGCAAUGGUAUCGCGCAAAGAUGAGGCAUAUUUUUUCCAAUUCUCUGAUUUUUCGAAUUAAAAUUUCUCGGUGCGUUGUAUACACCAUUUUCAUGCGUAAAAGAGCGGUAAAGAACUUCACUUCAAUAUCAGAAAAACGAGCUACUGAGUAGUAGUAUUAAAGUUCAACAAAGUAAUGUUAUAGUAAUUGUUAUCGUCAUUGAUUGCAUUGGUAUUAUACACAGGUCAAAAAUUCCUUCUAAGCCCCGCUGAGAACCGCACUAUAUAGUAAGCUUUUUGGGGUUUAGUUCGCUUCAUCUGCUGCUAUAUCUAAACCAGUGAUAGUUCUACGAUAAAAAUUACAAAGUUGCUAGCUGCUCGUUUAUAUCGAGCCCCAAUCGCGAAAAUUACUUUUUUUUCCAAUUUAUUCGUUUUUGUGGCAGAAAUACUCCUAGACUCUCUAGUUGCAUUUUUGCAUUAAAACUAAAAUUUUGAAGAAAUUAGCGAUUAGGCCUCGAUAUGUAUGUACAUAUUUACCUAAAAUCGACUUCUCCUUUAAUUGAUUUAAAAAUUUUGUAACAACAUAGUUAGCCACAUACAACCCCACAUUUUAAGAGAAGUCAUAAAAGUAGUUCUUGUAAAAAAAAGUAAAGCCUAUAAAUUUUCGGUAGCGAUCUGCCUACUUAUGGGUGAGUUUUAGUUAAAAAGCAAUUGCCCACUUAAUUAUGUUUAGUAUGUAAUGUAGUAGUUUGUGUUGCAAAUUGAGUCGUUAAUUAUGUAGUGUGAUUGAAUAAUUGUUUACAUUAGUCAAAUAAAGUUUUGCUGAUGUAGUAUGUGUAAAAAAAAAAAAUUAUUGGAAAUUAUGUAUGCAUGUAUUAAACACAAGUUGGUAGCAACAUUUGUUAAGGGCAAUUCAGAAAGCUCUAAUUAAAUAUAGUACCUAAAGAUUGUAGCCUAUGCAAAAGAAGAACCAGUAUUUCUUAAUAAAAAAUUAUACAAAAGACAAAAUAUUCUUAUGUGCAGAAAUACACACACACUCACGUGUGGCUCAGUCUAUAUCAAUAUUCAGCUUAACUAAAAUGUAAUAUAUCCCCAUCCAUACAUACAUGUAUGUAUGUAUGUAAUUGUACUUAACUUCCAAUAGAAGCAUUAAGCAUUCAUAACUGACAACAACAAAAAAAAAAUAUAUAUAUAUACAUAUAUAUUUUCGGUUGAUUUUAUUAAAUGGCCUGAUGCUUUUGAUUUUAAUACAUACUUAAACAAUAGUUGGGUAAAUAAAUAAGCUUACAGUUUUGGAAAAUAAAUGUUUGGAUUAAUUUGUUUAAUUUUGAUGUGUAGUUUGGAACCUGUAUUGGAACGCCUUUGAAAAGCUCUUAUUUUCGAAAGCAAAUAAA